GGGCGCGACGAGCGGGACCCCCGCGGGGAACGGCGACUCCCCCUCCCGGCCCCCACCCCCGCUUUGCCCCGCCCCGGCCUCUCCCCGCGAGGACCCUCAGGCGGCGCGCGGGCAGCCCCGGCUGGGCCCGGCAGAGGCGGCGGCGGCGGCGGCGCGCUCUGAAGAGUCAUCCUGCCGGAUCCCUUUGCGAGUCCUCUCAAAAAAAUGGCUGACCCAACCGGUGCCAUGGACGCGCGUCUGAACCAGGCAGCGGGGCCGAGAAGAUAGAAAUGAAACAGCUGUGAAAGAGGACAGGCCCACCGUGGACAUGAGUCGCUCGGCUGCAGACACCCCCCCGCCAGAGGAGACGCCAGCGGAGGCCUCGGCCACCGUGCCCCCCCAGGGAGAGGGCGGGACGGCCCUGGGGGUCAUCACGGAAGGGGUGGGCGAGCUGGCUGUCAUCGACCCCGAGGUGGCCCAGAAGGCCUGUGAGGAGGUUCUGGAGAAGGUCAAGUCCCUGCACUGCGUCUCCCCAGACGGUUCCAUCCGCCCCAAGGACAGGAAGGCCGGCGGCCGCUGGCCGGGCCUGAACGGCGAGUGCUGCGAGAUCAAGUGUCUGGACGACCCGCCCGACAAGAUCUGGGAGGAGGACGAGCACCCCCCAAACUCGGUGAAGGGGGUCCGCCGGCGCCAGAAGAACAACUCCGCCAAGCAGUCCUGGCUGCUGCGCCUCUUUGAGUCCAAGCUCUUCGACAUCUCCAUGGCCAUCUCCUACCUCUACAACUCCAAGGAGCCCGGCGUGCAGGCCUACAUCGGCAACCGCCUCUUCUGCUUCCGCAACGAGGACGUGGACUUCUACCUGCCCCAGCUGCUCAACAUGUACAUCCACAUGGACGAGGACGUGGGCGACGCCAUCAAGCCCUACAUCGUGCACCGCUGCCGGCAGAGCAUCAACUUCUCGCUGCAGUGCGCCCUCCUGCUGGGCGCCUACUCCUCCGACAUGCACAUCUCCACCCAGCGCCACUCGCGCGGCACCAAGCUGCGCAAGCUGAUCCUCUCCGACGAGCUCAAGCCGGCCCCCCGCAGGAGGGAGCUGCCCCCCCUGGUCCCGGCCCCCGAGGCCGGGCUGUCCCCCACCAAGCGGACUCACCAGCGCUCCAAGUCGGACGCCACCGUCAGCAUCAGCCUGGGCAGCAACCUGAAGCGCACGGCCAGCAACCCCAAGGUGGAAAACGAGGACGAGGAAGUGUCAUCGAGCUCCGAAAGUCUCGAUAGAUCCUUUUGUUCCCCCGUCCGGUUGGCCCCCGAGCGAGAGUUCAUCAAGUCGCUGAUGGCCAUCGGGAAGCGGCUGACCACGCUGCCCACCAAGGAGCAGAAGACGCAGCGGCUGAUCUCCGAGCUCUCCCUGCUCAACCACAAGCUGCCCGCCCGGGUCUGGCUGCCUUCCGCCGGCUUCGAGCACCACGUGGUGCGGGUGCCCCACACCCAGGCGGUGGUCCUUAACUCCAAGGACAAGGCUCCCUACCUGAUCUACGUGGAGGUGCUUGAAUGCGAGAACUUCGACACCACGAACGUCCCGGCCCGGAUCCCCGAGAACAGGAUCCGCAGCACCCGCUCGGUGGAGAACCUGCCCGGCUGCGGCAUCACCUACGAGCAGCGCGCCAGCAGCUUCACCACGGUGCCCAACUACGACAACGACGACGAGGCCUGGUCUGUGGACGACAUUGGGGAGCUGCAGGUGGAGCUGCCCGAGAUACACACCAGCAGUUGUGACAACAUCUCGCAGUUCUCCGUGGACAGCAUCACCAGCCAGGAGAGCAAGGAGCCGGUGUUCAUCGCUGCGGGGGACAUCAGGCGGCGUCUCUCCGAGCAGCUGGCCCACACCCCCACCUCCUUCAAGAGGGACCCCGAGGACCCCUCAGCCGUUGCCCUGAAGGAGCCCUGGCAGGAGAAAGUGAGGAGGAUCCGAGAGGGCUCCCCUUAUGGACACCUGCCCAACUGGCGGCUCCUCUCCAUGAUCGUCAAGUGUGGGGACGACCUCCGGCAGGAGCUGCUGGCCUUCCAGGUGCUCAAGCAGCUGCAGGCCAUCUGGGAGCAGGAGCGGGUCCCCCUGUGGAUCAAGCCCUACAAAAUCCUGGUCAUCUCGGCUGACAGCGGCAUGAUCGAGCCGGUGGUCAACGCCGUCUCCAUCCACCAGGUGAAGAAGCAGUCUCUGCUCUCCCUGCUGGAUUUCUUCCUGCAGGAGCACGGCCAGUACACCUCCGAGGGCUUCCUCACCGCCCAGCGCAACUUCGUGCAGAGCUGCGCCGGCUACUGCCUGGUCUGCUACCUGCUGCAGGUGAAGGACAGGCACAAUGGCAACAUCCUGCUGGACGCCUACGGCCACAUCAUCCACAUCGACUUUGGCUUUAUCCUGUCCAGCUCCCCCCGGAAUCUGGGUUUCGAAACCUCGGCCUUCAAACUGACCGCCGAGUUUGUGGACGUGAUGGGUGGCAUCGGGGGAGACAUGUUCAACUACUACAAGAUGCUGAUGCUGCAGGGCCUGAUCGCCGCCCGGAAGCAUAUGGACAAGGUGGUGCAGAUCGUGGAGAUCAUGCAGCAAGGCUCCCAGCUGCCCUGCUUCCACGGCUCCAGCACCAUCCGGAACCUGAAGGAGCGCUUCCACAUGAAUAUGACGGAGGAGCAGCUGCAGGUGCUGAUCGAGCAGCUGGUGGACGGCAGCAUGCGCUCGCUCACCACCAAGCUCUACGACGGGUUCCAGUACCUCACCAACGGCAUCAUGUGAUGGCCAGAGCUGGACCUUCCCCUCCGGCCCCUCCCCCUCCUCCCAGCCCAGGACGGACAGCACGGAGGCAGCUGGGCUGGGCCUCUCCAGGGAGGGGGCGUCACCCCAUGAAGGAGCCCGGGGAGACUUUGGACUGCAAAGGUGGGGGCGUUACCCCCCUCGCCCCGUGAAGGAUCAUGCUUAAGGACCUUGUCAAGAUUUAUCUCUGGAGGAAGGACAGAAACGGGGGCCGGUCUGCCCCUGGUGCCCCUUCCUCGAACCUUUUUUAUUUCAGUAUUACAGUUCUCCUCCUCCUCCAUGUCCCCUGCUUUCCAGCCCCUCACCUGUGUGUCGGGGGGGGGGUCCCAGGUGGGAGAUGGGAGGGGGGAGCCCCCACCGGGAAGACCUGCAAGGCUCCCUCGGUGUUUAGGGCUCUGCUUCUCCCGUGCAGUUGGGGAGCGCUCUCCCACCUCCAGACUCGCACAGGGCGAGAGAGAAUGUGUGUGUGUGUGUGUGUGUGUGUGUGAAUACCUUGUGUCAGUAAUGACCCCCCCCCCCUUUUCCUCUGCCUAUUUUCCUCCCAGACAGUUGAAUGCAAGGAGGGGGUGCAAAGAAUUUUUCACUGCUUGAAGCACAACUCCAGCCUCUCUUAAAAUGAGGCUGGGGGCACUGGCAGGACAUCUCCCCCCCCCUUUGGAUUUUGGCCUGGCAAGGGAUGGGGAAGGUGGGGAACUUAGGAUGCAGAUGAUUGGUGAAAGCUUCAAGCCCCCUCCUCCCCCGGGCUGCUGCAGGAAAUUAGGUGUCCGCAAAUAUUCCCUGGGGAGCAUCGCCCCCUUUAAUGGGCCUGUUCCAUGUCCUUCCCCUUGGGGGGGGCUUCAGACCCCACAACUCCCAGGCCUGCCCUUGGCCAAGCCAGCUUCCUUCUCCCACUGUCUCGCUCUCUCUAGGGUUUCUCCCCCUCCUUACAGGCAGACACACACACACACACACACACACCGGUUGCCAUUGUGGAAAAGGGUCCCCCCAAUCUCCGUGCAGGAUCCGUUUGCAAUAUGAAUUUUGGGCACAGCUCUGCCAUUCUCGUAAGGAGGGGUCCCUUUGCGAUUGUGUGUGUGUGUGGGGGGGAGACUCUCUUUUGUUGAUCCUUGGAUUCGCCGAAACUGUGACUGUUUGGUCCUCCACGGCCCAAAGGAAGCCCUAAUAUGAAUUUGGUUCGAGAGCAACGGGUUCCAAAAACCAGGCAACAUCAGUGUCUGUUUUCCUGUCUUCCCUCCCCCCCCCCGUCCAAUCUCCCACCCCCUUUCUCAACAUGAACUUUUUUUCACACUGUA